CAGCAGCAGCAACUUGCGAACAGGAAACAACUGGGUGAUCUCUGGAUUCGAAGGAGUGUCCCUAGCAAUCGUGUUCCAUUCUGUUGUGAUUAUUCCUCGUACUUGACUGGCCAGAUUGAUGAGCGCUUGCCAUGCCCACAGCAUUACACCAACCAUUCAGUCUUCGUUCCCGGGAGAACGCCGAAGCCGUUGUUGGUUGUUCUCUGCGUCCUAAUUCGUUUUAAAGAAGACCCAGAGGACAGUAGCUCGCUUGGUGGUGGCAUUACCAAAAUCAAGCUGGAAAACUUCUGGCACGACAAUGAUCUGAUUGCGUUUGCCGAACCGGUGCCCAACCAUACGGCGACGGCAACGGGCACGAUCGUGUCGCAGGCAAAGCUGCAACGAAACGUUAGCACGAACGCCACCACCAUCCCGGCCUGGCGCUGCAAGACAUCCAAAUCCACCUCGAAAAUAGCGCUCGCGCCCAUGGUCACCACGGUCGGUCGCAUGAUGGUGGCCAAGAAGUCGUCUCCGUCGGGCGGCAGCGGUGGCGGUGGUGGUGCCGCCAGCAUGGUAGCCAUCAUGAAGCCGCUCAAAACGACCGGAAACGGUAACGUGAUCCUCACGUCCGCUGGCUCGCUCGUCGCGACGACGAUGACGACGGGUGGUGGUGGUGGUUCGGGCGGUGGUGGCGCUAGCAGCAACGGGAGCAGUGCCGGCAGCGCCAGCUCGAUCGUCGUGAGCCGCAAGGAGGAGAAGAUCAUGUUCCAGCACGAGAACGAUGCGAAGCCGUGGAAGUGCAAGAGCUGUGGCCGCAACUACAAGUGGAAAAACAGCCUCAAGUGUCACAUCAAGAACGAGUGCGGCGUGCCGCCCAAGUACUUCUGCGAGCGCAUGUGCGGCUACAAGACGCACAUACACAGCAACCUGAAGCGCCAUCUGAAUUCCAAGUUCUGCAAGCCCAACUGAGAGCUGGUGCUGGCGGCGGCCGCGACGACGACGUCGGCCACUGCAGCGGCACGGUCCGGUGCCGUCGCUGUCGUUGCCGCCACCUCGUCGUCUACGUCGACGUCCACCACCGCGUCCUCUGGCCGCUCGUUCGCUCCCGCUUCCUCCCGCACCUUCAUCAGUACCGGGGCGGGUACUGCCAGCGAGGUUACUACUACGCUUGCCUCCUCACUCGCGAUGGCUUCCUCUUCCGGUGCUCGAACCGCUAUCCUUGUCGCUCCCGCCGCCAUCACGGAGGUGGAGGUUGAAACGGAAGACCACGAUGGUGAUGCAUCGUCGGCGCAGCAACCGCGGACACGAUUGUCCCGCCGGCGCAUACGGCGUGUGGUGGCGGGCACGGGCAUCGGAGGGGGCCAACGUGCACACAUAAUUUACUAUUAAGCGAUUGACGCAAUUCCUGUCGCUUGAAUUGCACACACACACACACACAAACAUUCUAAAAGACCAGCUAUUACAAAAAGAAAAACGGUCUGCGUUGAAAGGGCGAGCUGUGUGCGUUCUCUCUCGAUGCUACACGAUCGUAAGUGUUUAUCUAAACCAAAACCCAGCCCAGCCCAGCACCACAACCCAACAAACCGCACGAAAGGGUUUAAAUUUUCCGUGUUAUAAACCACAACUUGUUUAGCAUCUUUUAACUGAUUUUAAAAAGCUCCACACAAUGACACAAGAGCGAUGCCACAGAGCAGCCAGAGAGCGAGAGAGGACAAAAGGGGGGCAGACGAGACACGGUUUGAUUAGCGAUUAUUUAAAUAUGUUUAAUUUAGCUCAAUAUUUCCAUCCUAUUUAUUGUACUGACUAAUAUUUGUAAACGCAGCAAGGGUUUGAAGUGUUUUACUUUUUUUUCUAAAUUAAAUAAUAUAUUUACGGGCGCGAAGAAAGAGCAAGAAGGGAAAGAGGUGGUUGACACAAGCGCACAGCAGGGGGAACCAGGCGCGCGCUGCCUUGUUGUGCGUGUCUGGCCAUUGAUUGAGGAGGGUUGCUUAUUUAUUUUUCCCGGUCUACACAUUUCCACAAAAAUUGCUCAAUCCGAUCGAAUUGGAUUUGGCUUUUGGUUUUUUUUUUUAUUCGCAUGGGACUGGGACUUAUUUAAUUUUACUCCAAAUAGUAUUUCAAUUACACGGUGGGGAAAACGGAAACAAAUGCAGCGAUUUCCUUACUUGUGCAGGCGUACGUAAGUAACGUAAUUUUAUGUUGAACGGCGACGGUUAAGGCCCGCAAAACUUUUCUAGAUUAAUAAGACGCAAGGGGGCGGUGGGAAGUGUAUGGGGGGGUCACGGGGAAUCCGUGCUAAGACUGCGCCUAGCACUCUCGCAGUAGUAGUAGCUGGUGUGCGGAUGUCAGGAUGUGCAAUUAGUAGCCCGUUUCGUGAAAAUUUAAAUGAAUGUUGAACGUUGCCGACGAGAACGGUGUUUGCCAUAAACUCUCGAAGACUUGCUUUGCAGGAGGAGGUGAAGAAGAAGAAGAAAAGGAAAAAAACAUUCCAUACAAAGAAAAAACCAAAAGAGGAGGAGGAGGAGGAAGGACCUUUUCCCAGUGUCCAGAUAGUGCCAUACUCUGGGUGUGCGUGUGACUGUAGUCAGAAACAGAAAUGGAAAGUCUCUAAUAUAUGUACGUACGGUACCCCCGUUAAUAAAGGGAGGGUUACGUUUGUUUGCUAUAAUCGGAACAAGGUUGCUAACGACAAAUGCUACAAACAGUUUCAUUAACUUAUCUAGUCGGAUGUACUUAACUAUUUAAUUAGAUUUUUUUUGUUUGUUUGUUCUGUAUAAACGAUAAGCCGUUUUUUAACAACAAUCGCAUUAAGUUAUGUAUUCUUCUUCGCGCCCAGUUAUUAUUUUUUUAAACUUUUGUUGAACCUUACUAUUGUACCGUACCUAUAUAGAAGAAAAGAAAGCAAAGAAGAAACAAAAAAAAAAACAACACGAACAUUCCCGCUUUUUGAUCCACAUGUGGGGCACAUUCCGGUGUUAAGUGUGUAAAUAUCUGCAAACACACACACACACACACACACACAAAGUUCCAACUUUAUUCCAUUUGGCCCCUCCCGCAUAUGAAGAAGGUGGUGACAUACAAUGUAUUAUAGUGCGUAAGAGUGUGGGAUAGCAAGGGGAUGCAGCACACCCCAACACGCGUGAGCCGUUUAACACACAGCCUCUGUUGAGGACCAAACAUAUGGACAUGGAUCGCGCGCCGAUGGGCAGAGGGAGGAAAAUGAUUGCAUAGAACAAAUGGUAUAGAGGAAAGUAGAUAAUUACGGUCACGUCAAUAUUCCUUUUCGCAACACUCAAACAGACAGACACACACACACACACACACGGUUUAAAAUAUGAAGGAUAGCGAUUAUUGUUUGAAGAAAAAAAAAUAGGGCAAGACAAGGUUACAUUUCAGCUAUAAAUGAUGAGCAUUAUUUUAUGAACUAUUGAACAUAACAAUAACAAUAUAAGGGGCCGUGUGUAGUAGUCAUCAGCAUCGGACAAACCGGACAAGACGAGAAGCUUACGGGAGAUAUCAAUAACGUUCCACAGCAAUGGAAAGCAUUCCGUACACUUGUACAUCACACAAGCACAACAUACACACAAACACACACACACACACAAAACAAAGCAAGGUAAUAUUAAAUGGUUAAACUCUACACACUUGUAUUUGUAAUAAGAUCUAUUUAUCAGCUGCCUGCCUGAUGGAGGCAACAGAACAAAAAAAAUGAUUGCGGGUGGGGUGGAGUGAGCAAUAGCAAUGGCAUUGUAGUGUGUACAACAAGCAGCAAACAAACAAAGAAGAAGAAGAAGAAGAAGCCAUGUUCAGUUUGGCUAAAGUUAAAGAACAAACACAUAGAACUGAUAUAUAGGACGGUAACUGUGUGCUGCGGUGCAGAUGAUGAUAUAGAAAACCAAUAAAGUAAAGCACAGUGCAGUGUUUGCAUUUCAUUUUGCGCAAAUAA